AUGAUUGCAGCGCUUGUGAACAAAUGCAGCAUCAAUGUUUUCCAUAACUGGACUGCCUUAAAACGCACUUGCUUCCACUCCUUAGUUGUCACGGAUUUCAUGACAACCAAGCGCCAAGCCACGCCCGAAGCCACACAACCUUCCACCUUUCUACGACUGAUCUCCUACACGUCACGAUCUUGGGUUCAUGAGCGAAUCACCUGGCUGCUUGAAUAUGCUACAAGGCAUGCUCCCAGUGGAACAUGGCACAAUGCAUCACGUACAAUGAUCUCUUGUCUCAACACCGGCUGGACAUUUCAAGUGGCUGCUGCCGACCCCAAUGAUGUCUGCAACUACCAUCACGUCGAAUCACAGGGUGCUCUAGGCAGAGAUGAGUCAAAUGUACAUCGCAGCGACAUGGAUCUCAUAGAGGCGGGCACGCGCAAAGCCGCUUUCAUGAAGCUAACAGCUAAGCAUAAUAGCGAUACCCAUCCUGUAAAGCGGCCUACUACUUUUGAGUCAGGAAGAGUCAGACGCGCACACUGCGCCAUUCGCGGGCCACCACGAGACCAUCUAUCCGCACAAAAUUUUGGAUUUAAACGCGUGGCCAACACAAUGUAUGCCGGCUAUGGAGAUCUGGCGAGUAUGACGUUGUCUUUUCGCCACUUUUUCCAGCACAAUCCCGGCCUCAUUGGCCGAUGUCAUGUCGUGGAUCGUGAAGACCUGGUCACGGCAGUGACCGCAGAGGAGGCUUUUUAUGCCGGAACGUCCCUUCUGGUCGGAGGAAACAGCAAUGACUUGCACUCGCUCUUGAACCAAGUCCUGAAACCAGGCCGUAACAGAUUGAUUGAUGCUGGACAUUUUUCAUCGCACUUCAAGUCCGGUCCGGCAUUGAUAGCAGUACUAUGGCGAGCUGCUUCUACAUCUAGUCCUUGGUCGUAUUCUGGCAGCUGGCAUGAGCAGUUUGCCAGGCAACGUCCUUCGGGCGACAUUCUGCGCGGAAAUCGCACAUUCGAACUCAUCGAAGUUGGAGCUGGUUAG